GUUCAGUAUGAGAGUUAAACGUCCAUUGAUAACAUCAACACUGCACGAAUCGGAAAGCAACAUCCUCCCGGUCUUAAAACGACAACCAAAAAAAAAAAGAAAUAAAAUAAUAACUGAACGCUCAGUUUGAAGUUUAUUCAAACAAGUGCGCUGUUCUCUGCAUUAAUUCUUCUUGAUGAAGUUCAAGAGCCUUUUGUUGUAAAAAUAAGCAACAACAACAACAGAAAACGAAAGAAAAUAAAAACGGUGACAAAAGCAAAAUAUUAAAAUUACACUUAUACAUUUUACACUAACAAAUAUGCUGCGCCGGGCUGUAUCACGUUGGUUGGGCUGGGGUGCCAAUCACACGAAAGUUUCACCGCGCAAUGUCAUCCUUAUAACUGGCUGUGAUUCUGGCUUGGGAUUUUCCUUGGCCUUGUAUUGCCACUCAUUGAAUAUGACCGUCAUUUCGGCAUGUCACAAUGCUAAUUCUCCGGGUGCAAAACUGCUGCAGCACCUGAGCGAUCCCAAGCGUAUGAUAACCAUUGAAUUGGAUUUAUGUAAACCGGAUACCAUUGAAGAGACACAAAAACGUCUGCAGGAAUUAAUAAUGAAUCCAAAUGAUGAACAACAAUAUCAAUUUACGGCACUGGUCAAUAAUGCCGGUACUAUGUGUUUCGGAGAAUACGAAUGGCAAACAUGGCAGCAAAUUGAAAUGCAAAUCAAUGUUAAUUUAUUGGGAACGAUGAGACUAACCAAGACAUUGAUGCCGCUAAUACGUCAACAUCGGGCGCGUAUUAUCAAUGUAACAAGUCAUUGUGGUCUGCAGGCACUGCCAGCUUUAUCGGCAUAUGCAGCCACCAAAGCAGGAUUGCGUUUUUGGACCGAUUCUUUACGCAUGGAAAUGCAGCAAUACGGCGUUGAAGUUAUUAACUUUAUUCCCGGGUCAUUUGUGAUGUCGAGCAAUAUUUCAGCACGCCAGCAGGAACAUGCCAAAGCCAUGUUUGAAGAGUUCACCGAGGAGCAACGUGAAUUUUAUGGAGCAUAUUUCAAACGAUUCAAUGAUUAUCUAAAUGUGGUGUCUGGUUUCAAACCCCCUAAUGCGGUAAAUGAUCAAAAUCUAUUGGAAAAAUUUAAAGAAUGUUUAACAACUAGUCAACCAAAAACUAUAUACAUACAUGAACCAUGGCGUUAUAGAUGGUAUCGUUAUUUAUUCCGCAUUUGUCCUGCUCCCUUUGUCGACUGGCUCUGUAUAAAAUUCUGUGCAAUGCCCACAUACCAACAGGUUCAAAAGGAAUUGCAAUUGACUACAAGUAAAAAUAAUUGUCUCUAGAAUAUUUGCAAACAAGCAGUUUUUUGUAAUGUUUAAUAUCUGUUAAUAUUUUUAUUUAGAAC